GCAGUGUUGUCCACGAUAAAGCCUUUUCUUUCCCACAAUUCACCGCGGCUCUCCACAUUUGUGCUCUGAGUGUCAACCCCAAGAUGUCGCUGCCUCGGCUGUCCCAGCUGACCUCUCUGCUGCGCUCCGCCGUGAGCCUCACCCUGCGCAGGAACAUCGGCAUCUCCGCGGUGGUCUUCAACAAGGCCAAGGAGCUGGACCCCAUCCAGAAGCUCUUCCUGGAUAAGAUCAGGGACUACAGCGGCAAGAGCAAGGCUGCCGGGGGCGUCGUGGAUGCGGGUCCUGAGUUCCAGAGGAACAUGUCUGAGGAAGAAGCCAAGCUGCAGAGGCUCUACGGAGGAGGAGACCUCACCAAGUUUCCAGACUUCAAAUUCCCCGAGCCCAAAUUUGAGUAAGGCGGCAACGGAAGGACGUCCGUGUUGUAAAUCUACAUGUCACAAAGAUGUAUUUAAUAAAAGAUUGGAGUGAA